UUUUCAAAGAAAAGCCCUGCUUGAAGCCUCUUCUUAUUUCAUAUUUGAUGCAAAUAUGCUCUCAAAGUAAUUGAAGUAUAGCACAUAUUUGGUGAAUAUUUGUGGGUUUUUAACUUUUAUCACUUUGUGUUCGUUUCCUUUGAUUGCUGCUCUGCCCAAUGUACUUGUAUUCUUGUUCCAAACUCUUCACUACUUUUGUCCCAUUUUUAGAGUCACUUUGAUGCACCUUACUCGUUUUAGGGUUUCAAUUUCUGGGUAUUUGAUACAUUGUGCCUUUGACAAUCUUAUUUUGUAAACUAGCAGAUAGAUCGGGGAAGAUAUAUAUAUAUAUAUAUAUAUGGGGCAAAGAGAAUCUGGUGUUGGAGCUGUACUUUUCUAAGGUUUUGGGUAUAAUCAAUUUGACUAGUUCUUGUAAAAUAGAUGGUCAUGGAUAAACAAUUGAGAGGCUAUUAUGGUUCAGUGAACAGAAUCAAAUAUGAAGAAGAAACCGAUUCGAGCCUCUCAGAUCGGAGUUUUAUCACUGGGUUCAAUGUUGGUGGUACAUGUAUGGAUCAAAAUUUCUUCAAUCUUUCUCCAUUUCCACCUGAUCUGAACCCAGGUGUCAUCUCGCCUUCUGAUUUUACCACUGAGAGUGAUUCUCAUGAGGAUUGUGAUUUUAGUGAUGUGGUUCUUAAGUACAUAAACCAGAUGCUCAUGGAAGAAGAUAUGGAUGAGAAGACUUGUAUGUUUCAAGAGUCUGCAGCUCUCCAAGCUGCAGAGAGGCCAUUCUAUGAGGUCCUCGGGGAGAAGUACCCCCCUUCUCCCAAUCACCGUCUAAUUCAUUACACGGAUCAAAAUAUUGAAAUCCCAAAUGAAUUUUAUGCUGAGCAAUCAUACUAUGGGGUUAUUGGGGAUAAGUAUCCCUCUUGUCCUGAUCACUGCCUAAUUCAUUAUGCAGAUCAAAAUAUUAAAAUCCCUACUGAAUUUUACGGUGGCAGUAACUAUAACACUAGCAGCUGUAGCAGUAGCAGCGGUGUAAUGGGUCCGGGUUUGAGUUGUGAUAAUAGUGAGAACGAGUCUUCUCUGGUACGAAGUGCGGUCACAGAUCUUGGUUCACAGUCCAUUUCUCAGUCGUCUUUUGGCUCAUCUAAUAGUACCUGUAAUGCCAUAGAUGGACUCGUGGAUUCACCCAUGAGUAGUACCCUUACAGUUUGUGAUAUUUUCAAUGAUAGUCAGUCUGUCUUGCAGUUUAAAAGAGGGGUUGAGCUAGCAAACAAGUUCCUUCCUUGUGGUGACGAUUUGUGUCUUGAUUCGGGGAGUAAUUUAGUUAAAGAGGCAAAGAAAGAGGUGAAGGACAUGGUCGUUAAGUUUGAGAAAAAGAACGAAAUCGAAUAUUCUCUUGAUGGAUCAAGGGGAAAAAAGAAUCCUUAUCACGAAGAGUUGGAUUUGGAGGAAGGGAGGAGUAACAAGCAGUCGGCAGUUUAUGCUGAAGCCACUGUGAGAUCAGAAAUGUUUGAUAUGGUUUUGCUAUAUGGAGGGAAAAGCGAAUCAGCUCUUCGCAAAGUGUUGCAGAAUGGAGUGAACAAAAAUAUGCAGCAAAAUGUUCAACCAAAAGGAUCUAAAGGUGGGAAGGCUCGGGGUAAGAAACAAGGAGGUGAAAGGGAUGUGGUAGAUCUUAGAACUCUCUUAACGCUUUGUGCUCAAGCUGUUGCUGCCGAUGAUCGAAGGAGAGCAAACGAGCUAUUGAAGCAGAUCAGGCAACAUUCUUCCCCUACUACUGGGGAUGGGAUGCAGAGAAUGGCUCAUUAUUUUGCUGAUGGGCUCGAGGCACGGAUGGCUGGCUCAGGAACCCAGAGUUACAAGGCGGUUAUUACCAAACCAACAUCGGCUGCUGAGAUUUUGAAAGCUUACCAUCUGUUUCUUGCAGUUUGUCCAUUUAAGAAGCUCUCUAAUUACUUUGCAAACAAAACAAUUAUGAACGUAUCCGAGAAAGCAACGAGGCUCCACAUUAUUGAUUUUGGUAUUCUGUAUGGUUUCCAAUGGCCUUGCCUCAUUGAACGCCUCUCGUCUAGGCCUGGUGGACCUCCCAAGCUUCGAAUUACUGGGAUUGAUCUUCCGAAUUCGGGUUUCCGACCAGCAGAACGGGUUGAGGAGACAGGCCGUCGCUUAGCUGAUUAUGCAAGGUCUUUCAAUGUUCCAUUUGAGUUCAAUGCUAUAGCACAGAAGUGGGAAACAAUUCAGAUUGAAGAUCUCAAGCUUGAUACGGAUGAGGUGCUUGUAGUCAAUUGUCAUAAUAGAUUUAGGAAUCUACUUGAUGAGACUGUCGUGGUGGAGAGUCCAAGGGACAUUGUCCUGAACCUGAUCAGGAAGAUAAAUCCGGAUGUUUAUCUACAUGGGGUCAUAAAUGGCUCAUACAAUGCUCCCUUUUUUAUUUCACGUUUUCGGGAGGCUCUUUUCCACUACUCUUCUUUGUUUGAUAUGUUGGAGACUAAUGUACCUCGUGAGAUUCAUGAGAGGAUGCUGCUUGAGAAACAGGUAUUUGGAUGGGAGGUGAUGAAUGUGAUUGCGUGUGAAGGUGCGGAGAGGAUUGAGAGGCCGGAGACGUAUAGGCAGUGGCAGGUCAGGAAUCUGAGGGUUGGAUUUAGGCCACUACCUUUGGACCGGGAGAUCAUGAAUAUCGCCAAAGAAAGGGUGAAAACGUGCUACCACAGGGAUUUUGUGAUCGACGAAGAUGGUCAUUGGAUGUUGCUUGGGUGGAAGGGAAGAAUAAUUAAUGCACUUUCUUCUUGGAAGCCGGCUUACUAGAAGGCACGUUCAUUGCAACCUGUGGAAGGGCAAGGUUGUGGGUUGGCACGAUGCUUAUCUUGCUCGGCGUUUUCCUUUGUGCUCUAUUCAAUUUUGUUGUCCUAUUUGGAAUUGGAAGCCGAGCAGGUAAAGUGGAAGUAGAAGUGCUGCCUUCCUACUUUGUACUAAGAUGGAUCAGGAAAGCAAUUUACAGGUGCCAUUAAUCACCAAUUUGAUCGAAGAAUGAAAAGCAAUACAUCAAGUAACCGUGUUGCCCUAAUACUUCCUGGUAACUUGGUGAUGACUUUAUGAACUUUUGUCAGUUUUCAGACAAAUAGUCAGUUGGUAACACAGACAGAAGCUUUUUGUCAUACAAAGGUCCCUUUAUUUGAUCCGCGAAUCGCGCUUAGGUCAGUCUUUUAACUGUUUUGCUGAAAUGUAAAGUGGGCUUUUAGAUUAGAUGUUGUUCAUAUUCUUCUUGUUGCUUAAUGAUCAUCUUGUUUCAUAUUUCUCAGAAUUAAUAUUAUUGUUAAUCUUGUAAUGUUGUUGACACCUGUGCACAUUUUUCUUAAUUCUGUAUAAGCGUGUCCCUAAUCAUUGUGUCACAUUUUUCUUAA